AUGGAGGAAGAAGAGCAUGAGGUUUACGGAGGAGACAUCCCUGAGAUCGGCGAGGUGGAAGUUCCCGAUCCGGAUAUCGAUAUGUCUGCCGGCGAUGAUGACGCCGUUAAGGAGCUUGAUGAGAUGAAAAGGAGAUUGAAGGAGAUGGAGGAUGAAGCUGCUGCGUUGCGGGAGAUGCAGGCAAAAGUCGAGAAAGAGAUGGGAGCUGUUCAAGAUCCUGCUAGUGUGGGUACAAAUCAAGUAGAGAAGGAGGAGGUGGAUGCUCGAUCAGUUUAUGUUGGCAAUGUCGAUUAUGCUUGUACGCCUGAAGAAGUGCAACUGCAUUUCCAAACAUGCGGAACAGUCAACCGGGUAACCAUUCUGAUGGACAAGUUUGGACAACCAAAGGGAUUUGCUUAUGUGGAGUUUGUUGAAGCCGAAGCCGUGCAAGAAGCCCUACAACUGAAUGAAUCAGAGUUACAUGGUCGUCAACUGAAGGUCCUGCCUAAGCGAACCAACGUUCCUGGAAUGAAACAAUAUCAUUCUGGGCGAUUCAACCCUUCAAUGGGAUACCGCUUUCGCAGGCCCUUUGUGCCUCCUUAUAUGUAUUCCCCAUAUGGAUACGGGAAGGCUCCUAGGUUCCGAAGGCCAAUGCGGUACAUGCCUUACCAAUAG